UAAUGAAUAAAAUACUCAAACUUACCAAGAAUUUUUCAAAUAUUAAAUAUAUAUAUUCCUCUGUAUCACGAACUACUCCAAUUGCAUGUAAUAAUUGGAUUUCAAAUUCAUCAGAGUUUCAGAUACGGAAAUACUCGACAGAAGUUGAAAAAGCUAAAACUGCAAAAUGGAAUAAAAAUGAAGGAACAAUAUUUGAUAAAAUUAUUUCAAAAGAAUUGAAAGCAGAAAUAAUUCAUGAAGAUGAUAGGUGUAUGGCUUUUCUUGAUGUAAAUCCUCAAGCACCUGUACAUUUUUUAGUUAUUCCAAAAAGACGUAUACCAAUGCUCGAUGAAAGUUCUCCUGAAGAUAUUGAACUUUUAGGGCAUUUAAUUUUAACUGCUAAAAAUUUAGCCAAAGAGAGAGCUCCUGACGGAUAUCGAUUAGUUAUCAAUAAUGGAGUUAAUGGGUGUCAAAGUGUUUAUCAUUUACAUAUACACAUUGUUGGUGGACGUCAAUUAAAUUGGCCUCCAGGAUAAAAUGUUCAGAAUUUGUUAAAUUUUGUAUAGAAAAUAAAUGUUAAUAAACAAUGAAA